AUGGCAAAGAAAAACAUACCGUGGUCGAUUGACGAAGUUGCGACGUUCCUCCAGCUGAUUGCAGAUGAUACAAUCCAGCGGGAGCUCGACGGCACAACUCGCAACCUAAAAGUUUUUCAGGAGGUCUCUGCACUGUUGUCCGAGCGCGGAUUCUCAAGGACUUUCCAGCAGUGUAGGGAAAAACGGAAAAAGCUUAAGAGUGAGUAUAGAGCCGUGAAGGACCACAACGGCCGGAGUGGUUCAGAUAGGAAAAGCUGGAAGUGGUUCGACCUGUUGGACGCUAUUUAUGGCCAUAGACCGGCCAACGUUGGGAGGGAGGGAGGCCUGGACUCUGCAACCGUGUUACUGGAGUCCCUGCAUGAUGAUGCCAUUGGGACUAGUGAGGAGGAACAGUCCCAAACAACGGGUGGUGGCAGUGUUCCGUCCUCAACAUCAUCAGAACACACCUCAACUCGACCACAGACACCAGUCGAGGAACCGACACCAACGCCGAGUGCCAUCACGACACCGCAGCGUGUGGUUCUAGGCAAGAGGAAACGAGGAGGAGACGAGCUCCUAGCACAGCAGGCACGGCACCAUGAACAGAACCUGGCCCAGGUGGAUCGGCACUGGCAGCUGACCAUGGAGGCUGCUGCCCGGGCGAGGGAGGAGGAAAUGGCCUUGAGAAGGGAGGAGAACGCUCAAACUCAUGCGUUUAACCUGGCCUUCCUGCGCACUCUCGGCCAGGUUCUAGGGGGCAGCCGACGUGGCCCGUCUCCUCAGGAAGACGAACCACCUCUGUAAUUUUAAUAUUAUUCAGUUUCAUCUCUCUUGUUUUUGUUAAUUUGAAAAUGCAACAUUUAUACUUUCUUGUUUAUUUCUUAUCUUUCCUUUUUUUUUUUUAUAAUGCCAUAUCUAUUUAUGCUGCUGCAAUACAAACAUUUUUUAUUUUGUAUUUGUACAAUGCCAUGCCUUUUUAUGCUGCAACAAAAAACACUUCCCAAAUUGGGAUUCAAUAAAGUACUUCUCAUCUUAUCUCUUGUUGAUAAAUGCAUCAUCUGAUUAACAAACUGAUUUCCGUGAGCAUGUAAACAAAGUCACUGGGUGGCCACUCACACACAAAAUUACAGUUUUGGAAUCCAAUCAUAAACUGAAAUGUACAAUUAAAGGGCUUUAAAUCAGCAGAACAAAAACUCAGAUUCACAUGAGGCAGAAGUUAUAGGCCUAUAUUUUUCCUAAAUAAAAAUAGGCUACAACUAAUACCAUUACUAAUAAUAUUUGUGGAUCUUUAAAAACAAAAGCCUACAAUAUCACUCAAAAACAAUUGUAAAAAUAGCCCAAUUAAGAUCUAGAGAUAUAAACAUACAUGAAUUUAUAAAGCAAUAAGAAACACCAUCAGUUAGGAAAAAGCCCAUAAGAUAAAAGUUAAUUUUAAGAAGAGAUUUAAAGCAAGAAAUUGAGUUUGCUUGCUUGAGGUCCUCCUCUAAAACAUUAUUUGGUAACUGACACAUUACUUAAAGUAAAAUAUUUCCUUUUACAAAUAAACUGGAAGGGGGUAUUUAGAAAAAAACAGAAAGA